GCGUGUGCGAUACUGUAACUGUUUUUUCACUCUAAUUUAUUUAUUGCUACGUAUGGGUAUCUCUAUUAUUGAAAAUCCUAGAGGCUGCUAUAUAUGUUUCAAAUAAGUUUUGUUAUUCAAGUAAAAUAUUCAGACGUGCUAUUUAUGAGACCCAGAUAUUGUAUAAUUUCCCAGUGGAAGUGAAGGCACCACAUGUUCGCUGUCCAAUCACCUUUCGAUAUUAUGUGCAAGAAGAAUUUUUGAAUCUGAAAGCGCUUUUGAUUUUGGGUCGGCUAGCUUGCUACUUUUUAUUGUCUAUUAGCAUUGGAAGACUACUUUUAUAUGCAACAUGGAUGCGUGUUUGCAGACACAACUGAACAAUAAUCAUUUAAACUACAAAAGGUCACUAGAUCGAAUCAUAGACAAGUAUUCUAAGCUUCAGUACCAGGAUGAGGGGGUAGAAGUGGACCUCAAGAAUACAGAACCCCAAAUACUCGAAUACUACAUGAACAUGUCAGAAAUAGAGCUGAACAAUCUGGAUUCAAAGAGUCUGACAGAUUUGAGAGAGGAAUCAUUAUCACAGGACAUUUCAAGAAACUCCCAGCAGUUGGACUUCACACAUCAAGAUGGCAGCGUUGACAAGACUCAUGCAUCCGGCAGCCAGUUUUCUGUAGAGGAGGAUGGGAUGGCUAGAAGUAACAUGACUCAGCUGACUGUAAGUUCGUUGGGUGAUAGCCACAGAAACACUUCUGAGACAGAGCUCCAGCCUGAAGACCAAGAUGAGGAACUGGAAAUGACUCUGAGAUGUCACGGCAGCUCUUUUGUGGAGCUCUAUCCCAGCAUGAUCAGUCGAAUAAAGAGAGCCUGGCAUCGGAAGAAUGUGUCUGAGGCCGCUGGCUCGGUGCUGAGGAGGUACCGCAGGUGGCGACAGCAGCUAAAUAGAAGCCAUCUCAACAACACCUUCGAUGUCAGACUGAGACACACCAGCAUCAACCCAAAAAAGAUGACCAAAAAGACACUGUUCAAGGAGAACUCCAACAGCCCAGAGCGAAGGCAGCUCAUGAAAAUAGAAUCUGCCCCUCGGUCUCCUUUGCAGAUGGUAAACAAUCUGCGGUAUUGUGAAGUACAGCAGUAUUCUCCGGGGAGGGAGAGGUGCUCACAAAGAAGAGAGCGGCAUCAGCCUAUCAUCAUGAUGGAUGCCUCUGAGCUCUCUGAGGCCUCUAAACCAAAAGAAAUAUUGAACAAGACCUUCACUGUAUCUGAACUGGGAGAACAGCCUUCCACCUACACUGCCAGUCUUUUACGACCUUCCUAUCCCACUGCAAAAGCAUCCUUGGACAGGUCUCUUAGGACUAAGAGGCUUUCUCUCUCUGCACACUCAAAGCAAACUGGGUGCUCCUCCUAUCCACUGGAAACCACUGCUGUUAAAGAAAGACCUGACUUCUACAGCUCCCCAGUCAGGCAGGGUCCCUUAAAUGCAAGAAUGAUGAAUGACCUCAGUAAAACAGCACAAAGCUUUUCCAGAAGCCCCAAAGAAUAUUCCACAUUUCCAUUGUCUUCUCCACAAAAGCCUGCUGGGGCAAUGAGGAUACUUUGCCCUCAAGUCUCCCAUCACUCCCUGCAGCCACAUUUGCACUCCCCUCAGUCAGGCACAGCGGAAGGUCGUCUCAGGCUCCGGCGGCAUCUUUCCUUUGAUUCGUCCCAGCCAUCAGUCCGUGUCUUGUGCUCACCAAAAAAGCUUGAUGAGGACUUUAAAAAACUCUACCACAAGUUCGUCUGUCAGAACAAGUCCUCAUCCUUUAAUGGCCCUCCCUGCCGUCUCUGUGCCACAAGCUCUGAAGCCAGCAGUGGUCAUUAUUCCUCAGCUCUGGCAGCUCUUGCCUUGUCGCCCCACCGCUUCAUCCUGAGGAAACGCCACAGAGAGUUAGGGUGUGUCAGCCAACCCCAGUCCAAGCGCUCCAGAGAAGAGUACUGCAUGUCCUCCCCGGGAUCCAAACGCCAUGGGAAAGAGCUACUGAGGCGUUGUCUCUCUCUGACCGAAUCUGAGGACCUCUCCUUUAGCUCCAGUAAAUACAGCAUGUUUCAGAAAUUCAGUCAGCGCUCAGCAGAUGCACAUCAGGAAGCCGGGACAAGCCAGGGUCAGCCAUCGGAGUUCUUUGCUCUGAGAGGUUCAUUUGAGAAAAGUGCAGCAAGUAGCUACUCCCCCCGAAAAUGGUGAACAUGGAUCACACCUGCCCACAGAUGUUCCUCACCAAGCCCUCGAAUGGACUGAAGCAAUACUGGUUCAAAGUAUUGUGGAAUUAAUUGGUGUAGUUCUGUACAAACACUGGUGAAAAGUGGGUACAGCAAAGCACAUGUGACUCUGGAAGCAUUUCUUUCAGCUGGUAGUCUGAGCUCCGGAAGCUUUGUUACUAAAUUGUAUUGCAACUGUUAAGACAUUUAAAAUUCUAUUAUGAAUUUCCAUUUUGUCUUUUUUCUUAAAUACUAUUAAAACUGAUGUGUGCUGUUAUUUGUAUUCUUGUAUGUUCUCUAAAUUUGACGGUGCUCUGUUGCAUUAUUACAAAAUGUUCAUUAAAAUAAGUGUCUGAAAAAAAAAAGCCACGUAUUUGUGCUUACUGCAGUUUAUUACAUUUAGAAUGUUUUAAUAAAACAAAAUAUCCAUCAGUCUGACCCAAAACAAAUGAGCAUAAUCAAUUUUAAGUAAAGGUAGAAAAGUACAUGAUAUGUUAAGUGAAGACAAACUUUUUGGUUAUUAUUGUUGUGCAUGUUUAAACACUCAGAUUUGUUAAGAAGCUUGCAAUAUGAAAACAUGACAAAUUGGUUUCAAGUCUUUUCUGAAAAUACAUGGUACCCUUUAAAGUAAAAAAAAA